CCUCGUUAGUUGAGAGUCAAAUUGAAGUUUGUCCUACUCUUGGAUCGCAGAGAGGAAAGCGCAACUUGACAAGGUUUAUUCUGUGUGCUAUACUUUAUCCCUGAAGUAGGGUGUUAGCUGAAAUGUCUUCUCCGCUGAGUUCUUCCGACGAGGACCUUCAAUCACAACCAGUGACGAAGGAGCGGAAAAUUCAAGUGUCGAGUCUACCAUUCAGUGUGGAGGCGCUGAUGUCGGACAGACGGACGCGCUGCGACUUCACUGGUAAACCGGAGGGAGCUUUGUUUGGCACACCCCGGACACACACGUGUUUAUCCAUCUCCAGAGAUUCCUGCAAUUCCGAAGAAUUUCCACAGCACUUUGUCCCGACGUCGCCCGUUAAACCUGAGGCAUCGGAGCAGGACGAGUCUGUACUCUGGGUAAACAGCCAAAGCUUCUCCCCAACAACACGACAGCUCGCUCCCAGCUCCUGCUCCCUGCGGAAGCACAAGACCAACAGGAAGCCGCGGACGCCCUUCACCACCUCCCAGCUCCUGGCCCUGGAGCGAAAGUUCCGUCAGAAGCAGUACCUGUCCAUUGCGGAGCGGGCCGAGUUCUCGGGGGCGCUCAGCCUGACCGAGACGCAGGUGAAGAUCUGGUUCCAGAACCGCCGCGCCAAAGCCAAGAGGCUGCAGGAGGCAGAGCUGGAGAAGCUCAAGAUGGCCGCCAGGCCGCUGCUGCCCCCGGGGUUCUCCAUCCCGUUCCCCCUCCGCCCACCCGCCACCGCACUCUACAGACAGGCCUACUUUCACCGACCCAUGGUGCCACUCACACCCACCGCCCUCUACGCCACGCCCAUCAGCUACAGCAUGUACCACCUGUCCUGAGUCCGUCAGCGGAGAACCUCACCUGGGGCCUGUGUGAUAGAACUACAGAACAUACCAGAGACCGGUAGAACACACCUGAGCCCAUCCUACAGGUACAACACACCUGAGCCCAUCCUACAGGUACAACACACCUGAGCCCAUCCUACAGGUACAACACACCCCUCCUAUAGAGUCUCUCGGAAAGUGCUUCAGCUGGGAUCUAAGAUGCCAAAUUAAAAUAUGAUAUAAUGGUGGCCCAUUUUCAUGUAAUUAUUUCCUUCUGCAUUGUCUUUUGCACUUGUAUUGUCUUUCAUUGCAGUGCAAUGUUUCCUCUGUAGUGUUUGUCUGUAACAGAACUGGGUCAUAAAGCUCUGUCAGCAGUGCACUCUCGGGACUGGUGUAAUUAUAUUUAUAAUGAAAAUGCAAUAAUCUUUUAAAUACUCAAAGCAGUAAGUGUUGCGAUUCAAUUAACCACUCAAGUUGUUUUUUUCCAUUUAUUUUGGAUUAAUUUCACCACGACAGAUUUAAUAUAGUUGUUACAGAAAUAUGCAUUUAUAAUGUGAAGUUUUUUGUAUUUUGGUUACAGGUGGGAUGCCAGUAAAUUCUCCACUCAGCACUUAUUCAAUUUCCGGUCUAAAACUCAAAAAGAUAACAUUCCUUGGUUUUAAAAUGUAAUUGAAAUUUGACUCGCAUUAAAUGUUGGAGAUUUACUGGAAUGAUGAAAACGUAUUCAUAGCAUGUGUAGAAAGACCUGUCUUAUAUGUAACAUAUCCAUUAUUGCCUGAAAGUGCCUUUG